AAUUCGCUUCUGGAAAGUAACCGACGUUAUACCACACCGUUUUUGUAUCGGAGAUCCUUGGAAUAUGAAAUUACUUGAGAACGCUCUAGGAGCGUUACUAUGUUCCUUCCUUGUGCUAUCGGUGGAACAAGACGACAAAAAUGGAACGAUCAGAAAUUUGGCCAAGAUAAUACGCGAGGAAGCUUCGAAGGCGUACAAGCGUGCUUUGCCCAAAGAUGCUUUUCAGUACGCACCAAAGGAGGAGGGCACUGCAGACUAUGGAACUUUCGACCACAUUAUCGUAGGGGCGGGAUCUGCAGGGGCGGUGAUCGCGAGUAGACUCUCAGAAGAUGCUUCCCGAAACGUUCUCGUGUUAGAAGCAGGUGGUUACUCAAACAAUUUCUCCGAUGUUCCCGCAAUGCUGGCUUACUUAAACGGACUGGGGGAGUACAACUGGGGUUACCUCAGCGUGCCUCAGAACACAUCGUGCCUAGCAUUGAAAAACCACCAGUGCAUCAUGUACCGCGGAAAGGGGGUCGGAGGAAGUAGCAUGAUCAACGCACUACUAUACGUCAGGGGCAACCAAAUGGACUAUGACAAUUGGUAUGGGGAGGGGAACGAUGGGUGGUCAUACCGAGACGUUCUGCCUUAUUUCAAAAAGUCCGAAGAUUUUCCAGAAGGCGACCUCAAGUACCAUGGCAAAUCUGGGAAUUUGAAGGUCGAAGUUCCAAGACCAGAGAGUCCGCAAAUUGACGCGUUUCUUGAAGCGAAUAAGUACUUAGGACGAAAAGAGCUGGACUACAAUGGAGAGGAACAGCUUGGCUACGCAAGAACUCAGUUGAAUAUCGAUCAUGGUAAAAGAGCGAGUAGCGGCUACGCCUUUUUGUGUCCGGCCAAAAAUAGGACAAACCUGAAGAUACUGACGCAGAGUUACGCCACCAAGAUUGAAAUUGAUGAACGAAAGCGAGCCGUUGGGGUGCGGUUUACUAAAGAUGGCCACACGUACCUGGCAAAAUCGCGUCAGGAUAUAGUGAUAUCUGCUGGAGCAUUUGGUUCACCUCAAUUGCUAAUGCUGUCUGGUAUUGGACCCAGAGAACAACUGCAGCGCUUAGGAAUAGACGUUAUACAAGACCUACCCGUAGGAGAACAACUCUUAGACCACACCUCCUUUUUCAACUUGAACUUCGCAACUAACCACUCAGAGCAGGUCAACAGCUUAGAAAAGAACGUUGGGGAUUACUUGAACGGAACCGGUGUGUUAAUUAACCCUUUCAACUUGCCAACGGUCGUAUUUAUGCAGACGAAAAACGCCAAAACGCCCGGAGUACCAGACUUUGAGGCUUUAAUGAUCCCCUCCAUAAGCUCCAGUGAGGUGACUGCCAAGUUUUGGAACAUCCGAGAGGAGCUCAUAGCGAGAAAUGGAAACCCACAGAGCGAAUUCUCCAUGCUCGGCGUACUCCUACACCCCAAAUCGCGCGGAUAUCUCCGACUGAAAUCGCAAAACCCCUUCGACUACCCUAUCAUCAACCCCAACUGGCUAUCUGACCCCAAAGACGAAGAUAUCGACGUGCUUUACGAGGGCAUCAAGAUGAUUCUAGAAAUGGUCGACACCCCUCCCUUUCAAAAACUCAACACUCGGUUGAAGCACGAGCCCCUGUCGACGUGUAAAAGCUACCAGUACCUGUCCAGAGAGUACUGGCACUGUUUUAUUAGGCACUUCAGCACGGCAAUCUUUCAUCCCAUUGCGACGUGUAAAAUGGGCACGCACCCGUCGCGAGGGGCGGUCGUCAGCCCGGAGCUGAAGGUUUUUGGUGUUUCAAAUUUGCGCGUUGCCGACACCAGCGUUUUCCCUUUGACUACAUCGGGUCACACAAAUGCGCCUGCGAUGAUGGCGGGCGAAAAGGCUGCAGAUUUGAUAAAGCAUCAGUGAAUCUGUCCAAAUUAAGCGUGUAAAGGUUCUGGUUUCAACGGCUAACCUCUUUUUGUAUUAAAGGAUCGACUUGAAAUUUUUAAUUUGGCCCUAUCAGUUUGGAGAUUUCCUUGCUUGAAGUUUGAACAAAGUAACUUUAAAAGACAAACUGAUUUUUUCAAUCAAAUCCGAUUCUAAUGGGCUCAUAAAUUGUAAAAACACAUGCAAUACAAACCACUUCAAAAUUA